AUGUAUGCUCGUGGCGAGGUUGAGCAACCAGGCAGUAUUGUGACUGUGAUCUUCGCGGUAGUUGUUGCCGCCACGCCGUUGACCCAUAUUGCUCCUCAAAUUAUAACCGUCACCAGAUCCGCCGCUGCGGCCGAUGAGCUCUUUCGUAUUAUUGACAGGAAAUCCGCGAUUGACUCUCUCUCAACUGUAGGGUUAACGCCGGAGAAAUCUGUUGGCACGAUUGAGAUUCAGGACGUUCAGUUUGGCUACCCCUCCCGCCCAGAUACCAAGAUCCUCAAGAGCCUUAACUUGAACAUCCCUACUGGAAAGACCACAGCGCUGGUCGGUGCUAGUGGCUCAGGAAAGAGCACCAUAGUUGGUCUUCUGGAACGCUGGUACGAACAAGCUGCUGGAACAAUUCUCCUCGAUGGUAUUGAUAUCCGGAGUUUCAAUAUUGCAAGUUCCAUUUCCAAUGACACAGGGAGCCAUGGUGCAAAAUGGUGA